UGCGAAGUAGACGCUGAGGUGGGGAAGGGUGACAUGAAACUGUAUAUUCCCAGGAAUUUAGUUCAAUGUGACUGGAGUUAGGGCUUUACUUUUUAGUUAUACGUAGAUACAGUUUCCUCUUCACCUUUGCAGGACAUGGCUGCUCCCAGUUUGGAGCUGGACCCGCUCUUCUUGAAAGCCUUGGGGUAUCUGCAUUCAAAGAGUAAAGACUCGGCGGAGAAACUGAAGUCUCUGUUGGAUGAGGCCUUGGCCAGAGGUAGCGAGUGCAGCUUUCGGCAGCAACAGAAGGAAGUUGAAACACCCAAAGUAACUGUUGGUUCCAAAUCCAGUUUGGCCAAGCAGGAGUCUAAAGUAUCCUCAUCUCUGACAUCUGGCAAUAAUGGAAAGUCCAGUUCCAGUGAAAAAACAAAGAAGGAAACUGAGAAGAGGCCAGCUGAAAAGGUUAAGCUGGACACUCAGGAGGGAGUUGAUCCCCAGAAAAAGGCCAGACUGGAGAAGCCAGAGAAUCGAUCUUCCCCAAUCACCGUUCAGUCCAGCAAAGACCUGGCAAUGCCUGACCUGCCUGGUUUUGAGAGCGCAGAGGACUUUGCCAUGGAAAUGGGGUUGGCAUGUGUGGUGUGCCGCCAGAUGACUGUUACAUCAGGUAAUCAACUGGUUGAAUGUCAAGAAUGUCACAACCUCUACCAUCAGGACUGUCACAAACCCCAGGUGACGGACAAGGAUGUAAAUGACCCACGACUGGUAUGGUAUUGUGCCCGCUGUACAAGACAGAUGAAGAAAAUGGCACAGAAGACACAAAAGGCUGCUCCAAAAGUUUCCAGUUCGGUCGCUAGCACCACUCCAUCAGUAAAAGAUCCAUCGGUGAAAAAGCCUGACUUGAAGCAGAAACAAGAAAUGACCACAUUUCAGGCUUUCAAAAGAGCUGAAGUAAAGACCACCUCAUCUGCUUCUGGGAAUUCCUCCAAUUCUAGCACCACCUGUUCCUCAGUUAGUGGCCUCACAGGAUGGGCUGCCUUUGGAGCUAAAACAUCUUCUGCGGCACCUUCCACAGUUAAACUGGGGUCAGCUGUACAGACCGCCAGUGGGAAACCUGCUGCACCCUCUUCAAAUCAGAAAGCAGUGGGUCUCUCUGGACUGGCACCUUCUAAAGCAAGCCUGGGAUCCAAAACGACCACUAGCGUUAACUCUAGCACUGGACCUAUAAAGCCCCCUCCAUCCCUAACAUUGGGGAAACCGAGUCUUAACCGAUCAUCUAGCAGUGACAAUGUCACCAAAGUGGGCUUAACAGGACCUGGCAAUAGUGUUGGCCAGGCUAGCAGUGGAAAUGGAGGGAACUCAUCUACCAACAGUGGUGGUAACAAUGGGGCCAAAACUCCAUCUGAUGCUAGCAACUCUUCUGUUGUUAAGUUGCCAACAUCUCAAGAGUCUCAGCUUAAUGCUAUGAAAAGGCUCCAGAUGGUUAAGAAGAAAGCUGCACAGAAGAAGCUUAAAAAGUGAAUGUUCAUCACUGUUGUUCUCUGUUGUCUUUGUGUUUCUACAGAGAAUAGCUUGCUAAGGAGGCCAACAAACAUGCCCUUGGAUUUAUGCAUUUUUGUAAGAUUUUUAUUUGUGAGAAGAGCACAGAUCUAUCUCUUGCCUCUGAAGGCCCCAUGAAAAACGUGUGGUGAGAGAUAAUUUAUGUAGGUCUAAAUGGUUUUGAUCAAGAUCUACACAGUAAAAGGUUAUAAGCACAAGGCUGAGAGAAUUAAGAGAUUACACUGUUACACAGCAAAAAAAUAAUUUCAUAAGUUACCAUUUGUAACAAAAUUGACGAUCUGGCCUUUUUGAAAAAAAAAUCUUUUAAAUAGAUUGCUGAUUCAGACUCCCUUUCAUAGCAGUUUCAAGCAAUCUGAAAAGACCUUGAUUGGAGACCCAUUUCGGACACCAGGAGCCAAAGAUCUUGGUUGCUCACCAACUUGCAGGAGACAACAUCCUUAGUGAGCUAUGCAGUACAAAGUAACAGAAAAUGAAUUUGUAAGCUUAUUCUGGUUUCCUUGCACCCACAGAAAACAUUUCCUUUAAAAGAUUUAGCUCAAGUUCCUAAUGGGCCAAAAAUGCUCUGCACUUCUCAAAACAAAUCUUAAAGUUGAGUGAGAGACCAGUUUACUGUGAUGUUGAAAACCAGGGAGGUUUUAAUUCUGUGUCAAAUGGACCUGUUCACAUAUGUUGUUUUGUGUGUAUUACUGUUAAUGGAGAUGCCGUCUCCAUUUGGUGAAUUGCACUGGUAUUGAAAAAGAAUUAAAGUCAAAUCUUGUAACUUCGAUUAAUGGAGCACUUUUUAAUUAGUCCCAUUACAUAUUUUUAUAUGCUUUUCUUUGAAACGCAUAUAUUUUUAUGUUUUAACUUUGAAAUGCUGAUCAGUUCCCUGACUUCCAAACAUGAAUGUCAAGGAAUAAACCUAUA